AGAACCAAGUCAGGCACUGGUGGCCCUCCAUCUAACAAGGACUAGGAUGAUUGGCCGCCGCUAGGAAUAUUGGGGCAUGUAGUCUUUUCCUUCCCACUCUACUCCUUCCCCUUUCCCCUUCCCUAGGUUCAAGUCCUAUUGGACUACAUUUCCCAACCAGAUCUCCGAAUGCAAACCAGCUGCCUGGAGAGACUCUUGGACAAACGUACUUGGGCGAGGGGCCUGUUAGGAGUUGUAGUUUUUUCCCUAAAGCAGCCCUCGCCAACGCCUGGGCGGGGGAGGACCAGAGACUACAAGUCCCAGGGGGCGCUCGCGGGCGUUCGCUAGGCGGCCGGUACGAAAGAGGAACCCGACUGGUUUGUGAAUUCCUCUAUCUAGGAAGCUCAGACUACUAUUGUUCCAGAACUGGAGAUGCCCAGCUUGCCUGCUAUUUCAAUGCUUCAGUGGUCUCUGCUGAGUAAAAAGUCUUCAUAGAGAUCUCCCUGUCAGCUCCCUAGCAUGGCACUGCAGUGUCUCAUGCUCCUGACUGGCCUUCUGAUGGGUGGCAUGAGCAAGUCCACAGAAAGCAAGGCCCAGCAACCUGAGUGUUGUAUGGAUGUGGUAGACUUCAAUGCUACCUGCUUAGGUACAGGUCUCUGUGGCCCAGGUUGCUAUAGGCACUGGAAUGCAGAUGGGAGCGCUAGCUGCAUCCGUUGCUGGAAUGGGACCCUCCCAACAUACAAUGGCUCCGAGUGCAGAAUUCUCACUGGCCGGGGCAUGCAGUUUCCCAUGAACAGAAGCACAGGGACACCUGGACAGCCACAUUUUGGGGGUUCUCAUGUAGCAGCUUCCCUCUUCCUGGGGACACUGUUCAUCAGCACAGGCCUCAUCCUCUCUGUGGCUGGGUUCUUCUACCUCAAGCGCUCCAGUAAGCUUCCUGAAGUUUUCUACAGGAGAGACAGAGCCCCUGUCCUGCAGCUUGGUGAAACAGCUGCAAUGGUCCCCCUGCCACAGUCUUCAGUGAGGAAGCCAAGAUACAUCAGGCGUGAGCAGCACCCAGACAAGAAUAGGGAUCCUCUUGCCUUCUCCACAGUGGAGGCCCACAUCAGCAACGUCUGACCUAGAGGUCAACUGAAACUUCACAGUACAGCAGUGGAGACCCAAGGCUCCCCUCCAGUGAGCUCAAUUCACAAAGGGCCUGGGGCUUAAGAUAUGCCAGAAUUGACUCCCAAUGACAGACACGUACAAAUGCUAGGGGGAUGCUAACCUCCAUGCCAUGAGAUCUUCACUGUGUGGUUUAACAGGAGUAACCAUCUGUGAGACCUGAGGACUCAAGAGCAAGUCGUGUGGGGUCUGUGCCCCUUAAGAGUAACAGCAUCUAUAACAUCUACAACACAGGCCUGGUCCAAAUGAUCAAAUCUUCUGGAGCCCACCCACUGGAGCCCAUAGUAGACAGGACUCUCUCCGUCACCACUGAGCUAAGAAGAGUGAAACCAAGGUUCCAACAGUGGAAAAAACACAACCUGGAAACUGGUACCAGAGAUAGGUUGCUCUAGUGUCAGCCUGCUAAUUUAGCUGCUGGCCUCUCAAAGCAUAUAUUUCUCAGAGUUGCAGAAUUGAGUGUCCUAGCUUUUCUGAUUCCAGAAGCCAGUAGAACCUUGUCUCCCAGGGACAGACUCCCAUCUAGCUACCUUUCAGGCUGGGCACUCAAAGUAAAAUGUUUAUCCAUGGGGCCUCCAUAUCUGAACACUUCAGGUCACUUGUCCCAUUGGGCUUGUGAGGUUAUGCUGGUCAGCAGUCCUGUCUUUGCUCUUCCAAGACUCCAGAAGCUAUGUCUGUGAGUUGCUAGUGUGGCUGGUGGCAUUGGCCAUGUUCUCCUGUAGAAGUGCCCUGAUUACCAGUGCCACCCUCCAUGUAUGGUCCAAAGGUGUCUAGCAUCUUUUUCAACAUUGGGCAAACAUCUGAUGUUACAGUGUUAUGAACUUGCUUUCCCAGACUUGAACCAGUGACUCAGGUAGCAGCAGCAAUUCAGAGUUGGACCAGUUAGACUAAAUCUUCUCUCCUCUAGCUUUAUUUUCCCAAAGGUCAUCUAUUCAGUAUGUGGGGACUGAUUACCCCCUUGCUGUGUUCAGGGGACAAGGAGUCAGGGAGGGGAAGAGGAACCCCUUAGCAGGAUCCAGAACCUGGAUAUAACAUAACCCAUCCCCUCAUGUUUCCUUGGCCAGAACCUGCUCCACAUGUAGCCCCUGUCUUGCAUGAAGAGAUGACCCAGCUCCUUAGGACUUGAGGUAGAAGGUGCCAGUCAAGCUUGGCAUGGUUCUUCAGAUAAGUCUACAUGCAUCACUAGGCUUUGAGGAGGCCACUGACAGUUUGUGGAUCUAACUCACCCUUGGAGAAAGCAGAACCCUCUGUCUGGCUACCUAAGUCCAUCUGACUGGUCCUACUCAAAGUCCCUGUAUAGAUGUGUAGAUGUUUGCUGACUUGAGGUAGAACUGGGUAGAGUGCCAAAUGAGCACAUAUGGAUUCUAGAAGUCCUUCCAGGUAGUUUGAGUGAGAAUGCCUACCUGGUGCCCCCUGGGCUUAUAUACUUGAAUACUUAGUCAUCGGUGAAUGGCACUGCUUGAGAGGGAUUAGGAGGUUCGGCCUUAUUGGAGGAAGUGUGUCUCUGGGGGUGGGCAUUAGGGUCUCAAAAGCUCAAGCCAGACCCAGUGGCUUUCUUUUCCUGCCGCCUGUGGAUUUGGGUGUAGAGCUCUGAGCUCCUCCUCCAGCACUCUACUACCUAUGUGCUACCAUGCUUCCUGCCAUUCUGAUGAUGGACUAAAUUCUAAAACCGUAAACAAGCCCCAAUUAAAUACUUUCUUUUUUAAGAGUU